CACUGGGCAGAAGCUGGCCAGGGCUGACACAGAUAGAGAGGUUUGGGAGAAGUUUGGAAUGUGUUGGUUCUUUCCUCCUCCUUUUUCUUUGUCCAAAUUUGCCUUUUUAAGGAGAAAGAGAAAAUUUGCUCCUUGAUUUAGGCAAUCCCCGUUCAGCCAGGAGUGGUAGGUGUUGUCCCUGGUACCAGGGAGACACUGGGCAGGGACUUGGGGUGGUCUUCACAGAAAGGCCACACAACACAGGUCUUCUCCCUCCAAAGAAAUAAACAGGCAUACCUGGAGACUGUUUCUAAAACCUGCAGAGUUGUUGAGCUUUGGUUUCUGUGAAAUAGGUAUGUGUUGGCUUACCCUGGUCUGUACCUGCCAACCCCCAGAAUGAAGAAAUGCAAGUGGUCCUACAAAUGUCCCUCACGAAGGAAGAUCUUGAUUCUGUGUGUUACUGGGUGGCUGAUUGCACUGCUGAAGCUCCUCCAUGUCGAAAGACACUUUUUUCCCUCUAAAGGCAUCUACUUAGUUGAGCACCUCUUGAGCACUUCUUCUUAUGUUAGAAACAGAUAUUCAUACCCUAGAAAUGAGUUCCAGUAUGAAAUUAAUUGUUCAUCUAUAUAUGAACAAGAUCCUCGUGAAAUUGGCAAGAGUUUAGAGAUAAGAAGAAAAGAAAUAAUUGAUUUAUCUGAUGAAGAUGUUGUAGCAAUGACAAGUGACUGUCACGUGUAUCGUUCACUUAGGAAAUACCACCUAAAACCUGUUUCUUCAGAGGAGGAGGGUUUUCCAAUUGCCUAUUCUUUGGUUGUUCACAAAGAUGCAGCAAUGGUAGAAAGGCUGAUACAUUCAUUGUACAGUCAUCAAAAUAUUUACUGCAUCCAUUACGACCAAAAAGCAGCAAAAAGUUUCAAAUCUGCUUUGAACAAUCUAGCUAAAUGUUUCCCAAAUGUUUUCAUUGCAUCAAAAUUGGAGAUGGUGGACUAUGCACAUAUUUCACGUCUGCAAGCAGAUUUCAAUUGUUUGUCCGAUUUGAUGGGCUCUCCAGUUCCUUGGAAGUAUGUUAUCAACUUGUGUGGCCAAGAUUUCCCUUUGAGAUCAAAUUUCGAGUUGGUCACUGAACUGAAGAAACUUCGUGGAGGAAACAUGCUGGAAACUUCUAAGCCAAGCAGUAGCAAAAGAGAACGAUUUACUUAUCACUAUGAACUUAUGAAAGUGCCUUAUGAAUACAUGCAGAUGCCUGUAAAAACCAACAUUUCCAAGAAUCCGCCACCUCAUGAUAUUGAGGUAUUUGUAGGCAGUGCCUAUUUUGUUUUAAGCCGAGAAUUUAUUCAAUAUACCCUUGAAAGUUCACUUGCAAAAGAUUUUUUUGAGUGGUCAAGGGACACGUACUCUCCAGAUGAACAUUUCUGGGCCACUCUUGUACGUGUCCCCGGGGUCCCUGGGGAAGUUCCAAGGUCAUCCCAGGAUGUAACAGACUUACAAAGCAAAACUCGUCUGGUGAAAUGGAACUAUCUUGAAGACUAUUUAUAUCCUCCAUGCACUGGUACCCACCUUCGCAGUGUCUGCAUCUACGGGGCCGGAGAAUUAAGGUGGCUUCUGAAUUACGGACACUGGUUUGCCAACAAGAUUGACUCCAAAGUGGAUCCCGUCCUGGUAAAGUGCUUGGCAGAAAAGGUGGCAGAAAAACAGAAGGAGUGGGUGCGUCUGUCUUCUGAUGAACACUUUCUGCACUUAAGUUCUACGAAUGCCUUGACAUAGCAGUGCUGUGUUCUCUGCUGUCAGUGCUGUGUGCACAGCACCUGCAGUUCUGCUGCCUGGACCUGCUGCAGGAUGGCAGUGAGAAAGAAGUCCAUUCGAUAUAACGCCCAGGGCCCUGCAGAGCCAGGAGCCUUGGCUAUUUAUUUAUGAAAAGUAAUUCCUCUCUGAUUAACUGUUUUGCCACAAUAAACCUGUAAUUGUCUUCAGGGUGAUUUUGAGAUGA